AUGUGUCCUUUGGAUACUUUUGCAUGCGAGCAGUUUAAAGAAGAAAUGAGCAUCAAUAAUACUGUCUUAUUACAAGGGCAAAUAUAUCUAGUAAACAAUAACUUGAAGGAGUCAUGUCUUGCUUGUUCAAAAAAGAAAACUUUGAAUAAUGCUGAAUUUCCCCCUCUCUCACCAAAGUGCAUUUUUUCACCCAGAAAGCACUACGAUAGAAUUCAAUGCUCCAUAGCAGCCAUUUAUCAUUCCUCCCAAUUUAUAAAUUAUUUAAACCUACGAAUGUUUACGCUUGCAUCCAACGUUUUUGUUGCCAAAGGGCUACCUCAACUAAAAUUUUUUAUUUAUUUGUAUUUUAAAGGGAAAGCUCUCAAAAACAUGGUGUUUAAUUUUAAGGAUGCCAUGUCUCAGUUCAUCUUAUUAUUUUUGCAAUCACAACUGUUGCUGUUCUUAAGUUAUGGAGAAUUUAAGUGGAUUGUUACUCCUGUUUAUCAAUUCUAUGUGGAAAUGGCCUCAAUGAAUACUUGUCAAAACACGACACGUAAAUCACUUCCCAGUGCUUCUACUAUGUUAUACCGUCGGUAUUUAGAACUGAAGGAUAGAAGCAUGGACAAAGCAGAGGCGUCACAUGAAUUGUCAACUUCUUUCGAUUGCAAGUGCAUCAACGAGGCACCGCAAAACCUCCAGAUCCUUCAGUGGAAUUAUAGGGCAGAGGGGAAUAAUAUAAAUGCAUACCAGGCAAGUUUUACUCAGUUGAGAAUAAUUUCAUUGUACCAACUAUUUGAAAGAGAUGAAAUUCGAUCCUUAUGGCCAUUUCUGGAGAUAACAAAGCAUCGAAUUUACCUUAUCUGCAACAAAAAGUUCUACAUAAAGAUGGACAAAAGCAGUAGUUAA